UGACUGUGGUGGCUCCUGAAUCCUGCCCAGGAGGGCUCUCCUCUCUUCAAAGCGUCCCUCCUUUCUUGCUCCCCAUCCCAGCUCAGGAGGACUCAGUGAUGGCCUGGGACCCCACAUCCCUGCUCUCCCCAGUGCUGCUGCUGCUCCUGGCCUCAGGCUCCUGGGCUGAGGACCUGGAGUUUUAUCCAGCACAGGAGGGCGAGACUGUUUCUGUGACGUGCUGGUAUGAUCCCCUCUACCGCUACAAUGAGAAGAUCUGGUGUAAGCAAAUAGAAUCCCUUUGUCACCCCUCCGUGACGAGUGUCAGCACAGGUGACAAGAAGCUAAGAUUCUCCAUCCAGCAGUCUUCUCAGUUCAACUCCUUCACUGUCACCAUGACUGAUCUCAAGAUAGAUGACUCGGGCUUCUAUCGCUGUGGGAUCGUUGCAAAUAACACGUCAGUUUUUCUCAGAACUAUCCUCCUGGUGGUGUCUAAAGGUUCUUCAGAUGUGUCCACUCCUGACAUCUUUCCUACUACAAGGCUGACUGAACGUCCCAUCCUUAUUACUACAAAAAACUCGCCCAGUGACACAACCACAACCCGAUCCCUACCCCAGUCCACUGCUGCUGUUUCCUCUCCUGGUCCUGGAGUCACCAUCUUAAAUGGGACAGAUGCUUACAGGAGCUCUACAUCCAGUGUUAUUAUUCCCGUGGUCUGUGGACUCAUCAGCAAGACACUGGUAUUCACUGUCUUAUUCAUUGUCACACAGAAGUCAUUUCGACAACAGACCAUGAAGGCACACAACAGUAACUCCUGACCUUCAGCCAUGUCUACCUCACAGGAGGAGCUGAGGUGGGGGCUAAGCAGGAACUAUAUGACAUGAAUUGAGACUGUCAUCAUGGCUGACAUCUAAGGCACGGGAUGUCUUCAUCUCAUCCUGCUGACUUUGUGGAGAGCUUUUGGGGCCUCUUCUAGAAAGUUGGCAGGAAUUUGAUAUGAGGGCAGGACAAAAAUUGUAAGCUUAGGCAGGAAUCUGACUGUAUUAAUCAGGGUU